UGGGGACUAUUGUUCGCAGUCUGUGACUCCAGGAGGGGAGAGUGGGCGAAACUUUGCUUGGCCCGGAGAAAGGAGGACUCGAACCGCCGGCUGCCCAGCUGCAGGCAGGAUACUGAAGCGCUGAAUGGAGCCGCGAUGUGACCUACAUUUCCCAAGGAAGCAAGGCGCCCCCAGCCCCCGGAGCUUUCUCGGCGCCUGCCCCAUGAAAUGAUGCAAGUGAAGCCUCUUCUGCCCCGGCAGGUGCCUCCUUAGCCAGGCUUCUCGCCCUGCCGCAUCACCUCACGCCAUUCGCCGGGGACGGCAGGACAUGGCCGGCGCGGCACCGUGGGCCCGCUGGGGAGAGGUGGACCUUGGCCAUGGCUCUGGGCAACGGCAGCGCUGGGAGGAGGAGGAGGUGGAGCAGGGGUCUGAGGGAUACAUGGAGGAGAAGGGAGUUGCUGGACUGGAUGAGAACGGACUGGUGGGUGGCGCUGGCCAGUGGGGUGAGUCCCCGGCCCAGGAGCCCGCAGAACUGGAGUUCCUGGGAAACGUCAGGCUUCUGAAGGGGCCACCUUCCCCCGAGGGGCUCUUGGCCCAGAGUGACAGGAGCUUCGACCUUCGUGAACUGCAGGAGUUUGAGUGGAGCAGUGUCCAAGGGGACAAUGCCAGGAGCCCACCCGCUGAUGAUGGCGAGGAGCUAGAGCAUGAUGGGACACAGGAGGACCUAACCUCCCCAGCCCACUGGCACCCACAGAGAGACAGGCAGCUAGACAUGACUGAAGAGGAUGAGGACCGAGCCAGCUCAGGGGACGUGGAGAGACAGGAGGAGGACUGGGAGGCAGGGAGUGAAGGGGAGGGCUACCCGGAGCUCUCUUUCGAGGGCCAGUAUGGCUCAGAGUACAGCGCUAGCCCCGAUGCUCUGCGGGACGCCCAGGCUCUGUACAGGGACUAUGGCAAAUCCUUCAGCUUCACCACGGAUGGCGGAGAGGAGCUUUCGGGACACUCAGACGUCAGCCCGCCCCCCUCCAGCACCCUGCCGGAGUGCUCCCCCAAGCCAAGCCAGAGAACCGGAGCUGAUGUCUUUGAAAGCCAGAGCCGGCUCGGAGAGAGCCCGGAGUUCCCCACAGAAAUGGAGUUCUCGUCGCCCUCAGGCGGGCAGCUGGACAGCCCCAAUCUGAGCCCGCUGGCCGAUUCCCCCCACUGGAGCCUGAGCCGGAGCCUCCUGCACCACCUGUCUGUGGAAGACCUUCAGAAUGCCCCAAGCAUCGACGCAGAGACCUUCCCAGACCCCUCCUAUACUGAGAGCGUGGAGGACCCGCCCCGAAUAGUCUCCAAGGCUACCUCUGCUGAUGGAGCGAGGGCAUCCCGCCACCGCCCUGUGCCUCCGUCUCAGCCUUCGGAGAGCUCAAGGCUCCAGGCAACAAAGACUCCCCCUUCCCUACGGCAGGCUGGCAGCCAGCAGCAGGACAGGGCUCGGAAGCUGAAGAAGGCCAUUUCCCCAGCACUCCCUUCCAAGUUUAGCAGGCAGUCCAGGUCCCUGAGCCCCCAGGGGAACGCCGGGGAGCAGGCAGAACGGUCUGGCUCGCCCAAGUCAGGCCCCGUCAGGCCAUCCCUGGCUGCAGCCGAUGCCUCGCGAUACGGGCGAGGCCAGCUCAACUACCCGCUGCCGGAUUUGUCCAAGGUGGAGCCGCGGGUGAAGUUCCCAAAGGACGAUCAGAGCUACCGCCCUCCGCGGGGCAGGACUCUGCCCAUGAGGGCCAGGGGCUCAGCGAGCCCCGUGGUCUUCAAGUCUCCUGCGGAGAUCGUCCGGGAGGUGUUGCUGAGCAGCACGGAGGGAUCCCCGCAAAAAUACCCUUCCCCUUCCACCACCAUGGUGCCCGAGGAGUUCAGGUCCCCGCAGCAAGCCACUGAGCUGGUGAAGCAGCUGCAGGAGGACUACCACAAACUGCUGACCAAGUACGCUGAGGCUGAGAACACCAUUGACCGCCUACGGCUGAGAGCAAAGGUGAGCUUGUACGCCGACCCGCCAAAGCCCAGCCACAGCGUUCACAUGGGGACCGUGGCCCAUGGCUCCAAGGUCAUGGCUUUCAGCAUCCCACAGACCCGGACAGCAGAGUUCAGCACCAACCCAGCUCCAGCCCUGCCAGCAGGUCUGGAUGAAGGGCCAUCGUCAGCACCAGGAGACCAGGCUCCAUCCUUUCCAGCUCAUUCUGCACUCACCGGCUUGGCUGGGGUUGACACCUGCACCUCUACGGAGAGACCGUUUCCGGAGGAUCCCCUGACACAGACUUUGGCGGGUCAGGCAAGGAAAUUUGGGAUGCAGGUGGAAUCCUUCGAGGGAUUGAUCCAAAUGGGAAGACUGACCCCGCAGGACCAGCUCUCGGGAUUUGCGAGGCUGAAGAACGCGCAGGAUGCUCUGGAGCGAGCGUAUCUGCAGGCCCGGGAAGAGUACCGCCUGGAGCAACAGCGCCCAGGUGCAGCGGGGCCCCUUGGGGACUUCGAUUCAGACAGAGCGGUGGAAGGGGAGAUAUUCCGCCUGGGAAUGCGCUUGGAGGAGCUGAAGGAUGGGAUUGACCGAGCGCAGCAGAUCCUGCCCUCCCCGAGGAGUUGCUCUGCGCCAGCCUUGCCUCCCAGCUGUUUGCCAACCCUGGUCUCAGAGCCGCCACUCUCCUCCCCAAGGCCGUCAGUUCAAGCCCCCAUCCCAGCCCUCCGCACUCCCUACCCUGAGGCCCCUGUUCCAAAGCAUGCCCGCGCUCAAAUGCAAGUGGACGCAGAGGUGAGUUCUGCGAGUGGCGAGACGGAGGAGGAGAGAGAAGAGCUUCCCGAGCCCCUUCGGCACAAGCAGCUUCAAGUGGAGAAGGACUUCGAUAACCUGCUGGGCCAGUACAAUAGCUUCAAGUCCUUGCCUGAAUCUCUGAGCAUGGAACAGCUGGGCCUGGAGGAGAACGGCUCCCCACAGGAAGUGGAUGGCCCUGCUGCAGAGGAUGCUGGGACAGCUGAGAGCUCUCUCGGGAUGCUGUCAUUAAAGGAAGAGAGGACGCAUGUGACCACUCAGCCGCAGCCCCUGGAGAGGAAGUCGCACGCCCUGCAGCCAGGGGAACACCGGCAGCUGGUCAGGAAGAGCAGUCGCUUGUCCUCUGUCCAGGGCGAGGAGUCCCUCCCUCGGAACAUGGCUAUUAAAGCCAGGCCCCAGGAUGCAAUCCCCAAGCCCUCCUUCGGGGGGCAGCAGGAGACACUAUCCCGCCAGAGCAGCAUGGCCAGCGUGGUGGGCAGCACCAUUUCUGAGCACCUUCCGCAGAAGCCUUUCCGUCAGGCAAAAUCCUCACGGUCCGAGGAUCAACGCAUUGUGUCUCCAGAGACAGACAGCGGGUUUGUGGGGUCAGAGGCCAGCAGGGUGUCCCCGCUGACGCGCACCCCGGAGCAUCGCCCCUCUCACACUGCGACCCCCGGCCUGCUGGGAAGAUCCUGCCCCACAUCCAGCCCUGCUGCCCUUCGCACUUCCCUGGGCAAAGUGGCAGACCCCCUGCCAUCGGAAAAGGAACUGCUGGGCAUGUACACAUCCGCCAGCCAGGCCCCCCCCCGAGGCGGCACCCGGAGACACAGCCUGCCCCGUGGCAGCCCCUCCCAAACCAGCUCCCCUCCCCAGUGGGCAAACAGCAUCACCAGCGAGGUGGUACCAGACGCAGACAUCACUCACACGGACUCCGAGGCAGAGCGGGACAGCAGGGACAGCCCUUCUGAUCACCAUCCCAGCGAAACUAGAUGCCCACGCAGCUCCACCACCAGAUCGCCUUCCCCAGUCCGGGCUCACCACGGCCUCCUGGGCUCCCGCGUGGAACGAGACCAGGCCAUCCGGGCUCUGCAGGACGAGGUCUCGCGGCUUCGGAAGCAGCUGGAGGAGAGUUUGCACCGAUCCCGCAGCUACCCAGAGGGAAAGUCAUCCCCACGCACCACUAGGAGCAGGAGGCAGCCCGAGUGGAACGGCCCCUCAGUCCGGAACGCAGCCACCUUUGGCGAGUCCACAGAGAGGAGCCCAGGCAAGUUUGGGGAGCCAGCUCCAGUGAUCAAGCCAGCGAGGCGGGUGAGGUCGGCAUCGCUCCCUCGGGAUGGGCCUGAACUGGACCUCACUUCAGAUUCAGACUGCCCACCGCCGCGGGCUCGAGAUGGGAAGCCCAGGACAAACGUCUCCUCCAGGCAGAGCCCUGCGAGGACGCUGACAUUCAAGGGCCAUUACACAGGGACGCGCUAUCACUUAUCUGCCCCCGUGUCCCCAGAACGGAGGGAAGACAUGAGCCCCACUUCCUGCCUCCAUUGCCAAGGGACCAGGACACAAGCUGGCAAUGCAUCAACGAGGGACACCGUGAGACCCACUCAGCAUAGCACUCCAAGGCAGACGCACUGUCCAAUCUGCAGCGGGACCAGGAGCACCCCAGUUUCUAAAACCAGGGACAAAGCAGCACAUGCAACCGGCCGCAGCACAGAGAGUGCCUCAUCUCAAGGCUCCGGCCGCAGUCGCAAACCCGAGAAGCCGCAGCAGCAGCGUGGCCUGUGGUACCUGGCGGCCCCACCCCCUGGCACAGCUGUCAACUACAUCCCAACAGUGCCCCUGCUGCCUUACUCGCCCUCUGUACUCUACUGUUCUCCACCAGCACCUACCUCAGUCCCCGGCUCAGCUGGCCUGGCUGCCCAUUACUCCAGUGAGUACAGAGUGGCAGAGCUGAAGCCCUGGGCCGCCCGGCAGCAAACCCAUGGUCGCCACCACUCCCUGAUGCUUGACUUUGACGACCUGGAGGACCUCAACUGGUCCCUGAGCCAGGCCGUGGAAGCCGCCAAGAGCAUGACAUUCACCACCAAGCAAAUGAACAGGUCGCUGACCUCUGAACUGAGCAAGGCAAGGCGCCUGAGGGGAUCCUGCCUCUUCUGACAGAACCUGGAGUCGGCGUCCUCUGUGGCCUGGCGAGGACAGUUUGAGCUGGCAGGCUGAGCCUCUCCAAACAUCUGGAGAUAAGCCCCUAGCAUACAUCUGGGGAACUGAUUUGCCAAAGAAUGCCUAGGCUGUCCCUCAGCUUCCCACUCCUUCCAGUAGGGCUGGAGAGCCGUCCUCCGGGGCCUGCGGAGCCUGUGACAUACUGGAGUCUCCACGCGGGAUCCGCAGAGGAAGCUAAGCCUGCAGAGUCCUCUCUCCACCCUUCUCCAGAACCACCUCAGCCUGCAUGUUACAGUUGCCUUCAGCCUCAAGCCUCUCUGCUCAGCGGGACCGGAGCUGCCGUUGCACUGGGGCAUCUCACCUGCCCCUCUCCGCUUGGCCAGUAGCUUUCGGUUGUUGGUGGUUUUCUUAAAGGAUCAAAUGUUAAGAUGAAGGAAGACAGUGAAAACCUCGAGACACGUGGCUGGGCAGAGAGCUGCCCUGGCCUCCCGGGGGCCUGAGACCUGCACUUUAGAAUCCCCCUGGCCUUGUCCCUAGAGAACACCCUACUUUUAAGUAUCGUUUUAACUCCCCUUCCCCUUCUCUCUAUUGGCCAGCUUGGAGAUGGACACCAGCCAAUGGCUUACCAUCGCACUGUGAGAUCCCACCCCUAGCCCCUUGCAGAAAUUCCCACUUGGUCCUUACCCCACCUUGCGUUGCUAAAUCAAUCCAUUUCCAUGUGGAUCUGUCCCAGUACACCACGUCAGAGGGCUACCGAGGCACAGCCCAGCUGAGACAAGCUCUGUUUACAAGCUGAGCCUUUUCACGCGUCGCUCUUGUUUUGUGUAGGCCCUAUCAGAAUAAGGCUUCCCUUGCAGCAAAGGUUACCUCAGAGUGCUUGUGACGGACAGGAUACAUAUCUCUCUUUUUCUAUGUUCAUCUCAAAGGUGAAUGGAGGAGGAUCAGAUGUUUAUGUGGAAGUUUAUUGUUUUUCUACCUGGUUGCUCCUGGCUGUUGUUGGAAAAAAUGAAGGACAUUCCCAUCAGGGCAAGCCCUAGGCACCAUCUUCACCAGACCAAGGGUUCAUCCCGCCCUGUCUGACCGGCUCCAAAGCUGCAAUCGCAUGUCUAUUAACUCUUCGAGUGCCUUAGGAGGUGCAGUCCACAGCCCGGGAGGGAUCAGUCUUUGGGCAGCAGCAGGCAAAGGGUUAAAGAAAAAUUGUCCAGAUAAGACGUGCCCAUCCCAGCAGUUUAGAUGAUUGGAGCGGAAACAAUUUUUAGCCACUUCUUUGGUAAUUUUCACCAUAUCUGCUGUUUCUGGCUUUGCUGUGGGGGAAAGGAAGCACAAACGGUCAGUUUCAUUUUCUGUUUCUAAGGCCUGAUCCUGAGAGGCAUUGAGCACUCUUGCUUCUCCUUGAAUUUGGGAGAAGUCACAGGAGCUCAGCACCUCUUGAAGGUCAGCCGCGCGAUUAGAUCCCCGCACUGAUUCUCCCGGGCUAGCCCAGUGCUGGAGCUGGCCAAUGCUGCGUCACUUUUUGGUUUAACCUUGCUUUCAUUGGCACUUAUUUUGAACUCUCACAACCAUUUCUGUGGAGAUGAAGACCCAAACCUGCAAUCAGAUCCACUAGGGUGCCAUCCCCUUCUCUCCCCCCCCCCCCCCCCCAUUGACGAGAGCUGAUAGAAAAAUAUGUAAGUGUCACGCAAGUGUUCAUUUUCUGUACAUUUUUUAGUGAAAAAUGUCAACGUUUUCCCACUUUCCACUGGAAAAAAUCUACAGCCAGAAAUAUUUCAGUUUUUGGUUCUUCCCCCUUUCUUUCUCCUUCUUUCUCUGCUGCCACUGAAAAGACAAAGGAGGAAGGAAAAAAGAAAGUAAGCGCUAGAGGGAUCAAUAAUUGAAAAAUUUAAAGCAAAAAAAAAUAAAAAUCCUGUUCCAAAGUUGGAAAAUUACAACCACCACCCCAACCACACAUCUGCGAAAAUGUUCAGGGUUUUUCUGGGGAGGAAGGUGAUUUUUUCAUUGGAAUAAAAAUUCUGAUGGAAAAAUUUCAGCCACGCUAUUGACAUCAGUAAGGUUUUUGCAUGUGUGUAGGAGUCUCUCUUUCUAUCCACCUGUCUGUCCAUCCAUUCCCAUAAUAACCAUCUCUCUAUCUACCUAUCUGUCUAUCUAGGAUCUGAUUUCAGGAUUGUCAUCUAGGUUUGUAAAUCCCCCCUUAAAAAAAAAAAAAAGUUUUAGCCAAAAUUGGACACUGUCCCUUUAAAACCACAGAUCUUUCUGCCAACUUAGAUUUCGGGUUUGGCUUAUAUCAAGCUGUUUGAUCCCCUUAAAGACGCGCCUGUUUGCAUGUUAAUAUUUUUAAUGGAACAUUUCUCAUUGUGGUAGCUGGUGAGUGGCUAAAUCACUCUCUCUUCAGGUUUUGGUUGUGUGUGUCUCUGUGUGUGUACGUGUGUGUAUAUAUAUUCAACAUAAUCCUUAGGGCAUUUCACUUUUUACAUGUAAUUUAUUGGUUUUUUAAAAACUGUUCUUACUGUGUGUGUGCUUUUAAAUCUGUGAGGGGUGGUGAGCAAAUUCCGCUCCAGCCUAUAAUGGUCCUUGUCUGUGCAAAUGGUGCAUGUUUGCAUUGGGGCUGGGGCCAGAGGGUCACCAACCAAUCAAGCCUCCUUGGAAAAGGUAGGAACAGGCUCCCUCUACAAUGCAGUAGCAGCCAGUUGCUGGUCUGAUAAUAGGACUUGAUCAGGACUUUGCAGAAGGAGAAUAUAGCACAGGUACUGUUGAGACUGUAUCCUGUUGCAUGUUAGCAUGGAUCAAAGCACGUGCUUGGACAUAGGAGGAAAUCUCUGAAUGAAGGUACAUCCCGACAUUGCUCCCUGUGGUACGUCAUGCCGUCGAAAUUUAAAAUGCAGUAGAUUUAACUCUCAAAAGCUGUCCUAGCAGGGCCUUUCCCUUAUUCCAGCUUGGGUGGCUGUUUCGUGAACAGGUCAUUCAAACUCUUCCAGCAAAAGUGGUACUUACUCUAGUUUCCAAAUCAGCAACGUAGGGAGAGUUUGACCAUCCCUUUAAACACUGAACUGUCUGACGCUCAAGUGCCAUCUAAACCCCACGAGGGGAUGGAGCCUGGGCGUGGGAGUUAAGGUUGCUUGGGGCUUGUCCACACACAGACGUUGCACUGGUUUAACACCACAGAAUCAUAGAAGAUUAGGGUUGGAAGAGACCUCAGGAGGUCAUUUAGUCCAACCCCCUGCUCAAAGCAAGACCAACACCCACUAAAUCAUUCCAGCCAGGGCUUUGUCAAGCCAGGCCUUAAAAACCUCUAAGGAUGGAGAUUCCACCACCUCCCUAGGUGACCCAUUCCAGGGCUUCACCACCCUCCUAGUGAAAUAAUGUUUCCUAAUAUCCAACCUAAACCUCCCCCACUGCAACUUGAGGCCAUUGCUCCUUCUGUCAUCUUCCACCACCGAGAACAGCCGAGCUCCAUCCUCUUUGGAACCCCCUUUAGAUAAAACUAAAUCGCUAUGUGGACACUCAUUGAUUUUAAACCAGGCUUGCAUUGGUAAAUUUAGAAGUGCAAGGUAAAUCAUGAUAAGCUGGAACCCAAUUAGAAGAGGGUGUAUGUACGUGCACACUCUUGCCUUGGUUUAAAGUCACACCUUUAGUCAAACCCAGGCAGGCUUAUGUGCAGACAAGAUUUUCAACAGUGACUAGUGAUUUUUGGUGCCCAACCCUACACCCUUUAAAGAUGGCUGAAUUUCAGAGGGCAGGUUAUCAGCACCUCCAAAAAUCAGCCCCCUUUCAGAUGGCUCAAGCUGGACAUCCCAAACUUAAGGCUCUCCUAAGCUCGAGUUACUUUUCAAAAUCUUGACCUAGGCCUUAGACUAUGUGCUACAGCGUAUGGAAAAAGUCACCAUUUUGGCCUCUGUGAGAGAUAAUAACCUCGUCUUUCCACAUCUCCGCUCAGGGUCUGUACCACGCUCCAUGACACACGUUUCGCCUGGCACAAAUGUAACUGUGCACACAAGCCAUCUAUCAUCAGGCCAUAUCUCAAAAUCCCUGCUGAAGACCAAACUCCCAUUGACUACAAUCAGAACAUUCUUGGGGGUAGGGUGACCAGAUGUCCUGAUUUUAUAGGGACAGUCCCGAUAUUUGGGGCUUUAUCUUAUGUAGAAGCCUAUUAUGCCCCACACCCUGUCCCAAUUUUUCACACUUGCUGUCUGGUCACCCUACUUCAGGGGAAGGGUUAGUCUCCGAAAAAUCAUGAAGUAAAGGGUUUUGGGAAUUGAUCCUGAACGUGUGGCUUUGUUUAUAUGUAGGACCUACCCCAAGUGCCCCGUUUUAAAAAUUAUUUAUUGCUUUUUUUUUUUUAGUAGUAUUAUAAUCCAGUUGUGGCUGUUUUUAAUGCACAAGGCAAGUUAGCAGGUCUCACUCUUUUUAGGGACCUCUCAGAGGCACUGAAAUUAUGUCCCAUCACAGACAGAGUCCUGGAACAAGGGGAAGUUGUGGUCGAUCCAUAAAGCUUCAGAGCUUGCAUAGUGAAACUCAUCUCAAACAACCGCUGACAAAAAAUGGAGUAGCUUAACAGAGCUGGUCUGAACUGAACUCUGGGGGAUAUUUGGGGGGCAGUUUCUUAAAAUGUGUGUUUGUGUGAGAACCUCUGUCCAUGUAGACAACGGAACCCACUGACAACAGCCUCGGCUAUAUAGUGAGGGACAAAGAGAGGCCCCGUUUCUGUGCAGCGCCCUGAGCAAUUCUCGUUGAAAUGUGAAAGCUUUGCUUAGAGUGAAGUAAUUCUGUGUGAGGGUUUUUUUAAAAAAAAAGAUUGCUAGAAGAGGCUUCCAUUUGGCAGACCAAAUUCAGGCCUGAUUUUGAAGGAUGCAAUGCCAUUGACUUAUAGAGGAAUUGCACACACAGCUUUGAAUUUUGCACAUGUCCUUGUUUUCUUAUCGCAAAGCUGGUUGUACUGUGGCCAAGAGCCCCCAAGCUCUUGAAACCAGGACACUGUGGUUAAUGCAUCCUCGCUGGGAGAACACAAGACAUCCGGGUGUGUGUAUUUAAUUCUAGGAACUGCAAGAACAAGAAGUGACGGUUACGUUUUCAGCAUCUCCUGGUUUUGUAAUGAACUAGCAGAGCCAUUUGACAGUAUUUUGUAAUGAGAUAAUUGCCUAUUUUUUAAUGAAAUAAAUUUGUUUGUUUUUCAAA